UAUACUCAUAAUGUCAUAUAAACAAAGUAACCUCAGCUAUAUGUAUUAACAAAUUUUACAAAUGUAUCCAAAUAUGUCUGGUUAGGCAUCUGAAGGCCUUACUCAGUACUCACUGUUAAUAGAAUGAGAUGGUGACUUCCUCUAAAGACCAGCUGUUAAAUAUAGAUGCGUAUCUUAAUAAUUAUUGAAGAGCUCUAAUUUAGCGUAGAGUUGAUGAUAAUUGAACUUGUUCUGAUUUUUAGUAGCUAUAACGUUUACAAAAAAACUUUUGAGGGGAAAUUGAGUGUUCGAGCUCCAACUCGUUUUUGAUAUUCUGUAUAUAUGACUCUUUCUUCAUAAACAUCUCACUGACUCUCCAAGGACUUGCUUGUGACUUCUCCCGCAUUUGAACCUCGUAUAUUGUCAUAUUGUAUUUUUACUUGGCAUCAAAUAAAUAAUUAUAGACUUAACUCUACACUUGUACCCAAACUGGAUGGAAGCAAAUACCUUCUGGAUAUAAUCGAUGAGUGGUAUUUACAUGAAAUGAAUAUCUGAAGUGAACAUUUUUAUGUUUGCACUUGAAUUUUUUAGCUUACAUGAUCAUAAUCAUGAUCAUGAUAGUUUUUGUGUUUGUGUUUGUGGUUACAAGAUUUUAGUGGUUCACUUUAAAUGGAGUAUUUUCAAAAUAAGUUUCAUCAUUAGAAAACAAAAUUGUGAUGAUUUCACUUAUCCUUAAAGGAUCCCCUCUUGUGUUUCUCCUUUUCACAUCUCCUGAGUUCUCUAUCCACUUCCCCCAAGGUAGGUGCCACCUUAGUACUUACUUCAUGCUCUUCCGUCAGUCUCUCUCAUGUUUUAUAGUUUGUCUCCAGGCUCCAUCAUAAUACCUGGAACACAAAGAGUUGAUUAAGUAUCUGAUGGAAAGAAUUUAGUGGAUGUGUAUGGAAACUAUCUAUUAGUAUAAAUUGAAUACAAGGAAUGACAAGCAGAAAUAUACGUAGUAUGUGUUUAACUGUUGUCAAGCCACUAUUUCAUGUUUUUUAUGACUUUUCUGCAAUAAAGAAAACCCCUAAAAUUGUAUAGAUUGAAAAUUAGUGACAUUUCACUAAUAUUAAUUUAGUUGAUUGACAUUGAGCACCCAGUACUAUGUGCAAAGAACCAUGAAGAACACAAAGUUAGAAGUUUAAGCAAGGGUCAGAAUACAUAGCACAGUUGGCAAGUGCCUGAGUUGAGAUUUGAACCCAGGCAGUAUGGUUCUAAUGUCACAGUUGUUAACCACUAUAAACAUGCCUCCCGGGAGUAUAGUAUAAUAUAGUAUAGUAUAAUAUAAUUUAUAGUUUUUGUUUAUAUAGCCAGUUAGCCUUUAGUUACAUUAAAUUAAUUAUUUCUGUACAUGUUCUAUUGUAAUCUUAAUGAUUUACAGUUGAUUUUCAAAUUAUUGGACAGUAUUUAUAUUUCUGGAUUACCCUUGCUGCUUCUAGGAAACCACUCAAACUUUAGUGGAACGAUUAGAAGUCAUAAGAUGUUCAUCUGUGGCCCUUCAACAUCUUUCUUUCCUACAAAAAUCAAAUGACUCUGCUUCAGUGUUCCAGGCCCCUCCCCCAGAACGUGUAGGCAGCUGGGUGGAGCCUAAAGCCUAGCCCUCUCCAGUAACCCGGCUAAAAGGAGGAAGCCAGUGUUUGAGAAAAGCUUCGUGAGUCUUCAGAUGGAUUUUAAAAUUGAACACACUUGGGAUGGUUUUCCAGUGAAUCAUGAGCCAGUAUUUAUCAGGCUGAAUCCAGGUGACAGAGGAGUGUUGAUGGACAUUAGUGCUCCGUUUUUCAAUGAUCCUCCAGCCCCACUUGGAGAGCCAGGAAAACCUUUCAAUGAACUGUGGGAUUAUGAAGUUGUGGAAGCAUUUUUCUUGAAUGGUAUAACUGAGCAGUAUUUAGAAGUUGAACUUUGUCCCCACGGCCAGCAUUUAGUGCUUUUACUUUCUGGAAGAAGAAAUGUGUGGAAACAAGAACUUCCUUUGUCAUUCAGAGUGUCCAGAGGAGAGACAAAAUGGGAAGGCAAAGCUUAUCUUCCUUGGAGUUAUUUUCCACCAAAUGUGACAAAAUUCAAUUCAUUUGCAAUUCAUGGAUCAAAAGAUAAACGAAGUUAUGAAGCUCUUUACCCUGUACCUAAGCAUGAACUGCAACAAGGACAAAAACCUGACUUCCAUCGCCUAGAAUACUUCAAGCCUUUCAAUUUUAACACACUGCUUGGAGAAGAAUGGAAACAACCAGAAUCAGACCUAUGGCUAAUAGAGAAAUGUGAUAUAUAGGAGUGUAAUAGAUAACCAUACCAAUCACUUUUUCUCUAUACCUUUUAAGAUAAACAAAAAAAAAGUAUCAAUCUUUUUUAAGACAUCAUGCAUACAUUUUAACAAUAAUUAUUUUCAUAGAAGUCACUGAAAAUAUAGUAUCUGUUGCAAAUUGUAUAUGAUUAACAUGAAAAUGGAUGAUUCUUUAUAGAUGAUUUGAUCUGUAAAGUCACAAUGUUUCUCAGAGUCCCUCAGUCCAGGAUGUUACAUUCCCAGCACACAGUACAGUUAUUCUUGAGAACUACAAGUGAGAAAGGGUGGACAAUUGAGUUUGUCCAGGGCCACCUAGAGAACCGUUCUGCACUACCCUGUGCUUUGGCCAUUUCAUUCCUAGAUAUAUACCCCAAAAAAUGAAUGCUCAUAGGAGCUUUAUUCACAAUAACACAAAACUGUAAACAGUCAAAUAUCUAUCCACAGGAAAAUGGGUAAACUGCAAUAUAGUCAGUGGAAUACUGGUCAUUAAAAAAAGGACUACUGAUACAUGUAACAACCUGUGUGAAUCUCAGAAACAUUAAAUUGAGCAAAAUAAGCCAGACAUAACAUAUUGUCCAAUUACUUUUAUAUUAAAGCCACUACCAGGCAAAACGCAUUUGAUGAUAAACACCAGAACAGUGGCUGCUCUAGGUAAGGGCAAGGAAUUCAAAUUACAUGGAAAAGGGGCCUGAGGAAAUUUCCUGGGGUGAUUGAAAUGUUUUGUAUUUUGAUCUGGAUGAUGGUUACGUAGCUGUAUACAUUCAUCAACAUUCCUCAUGCUGUAUGUUUAGAUUUGUGAUUUUACUGCAUAUAAAUUAAUUCCUUAAUAUAAUACUCUUAUAAACUGUAAAUUAAAUAAACUGUAAAUUAAAAUAAACUGUAAAAUAAAUUCAAGUUUACAUUGCAUUUGUAUUUUUCCAUUGACAAUCACUAGUGCUGGUUAAAUAUGGCCUAUUGACUUACUCAUUUCUUACAUAUGUUCUCUAUUUGAAAAGAGAACUAGUGUAAGAUAAAUGCCGACUUUUACAAAAGGUAUUAUAAGUAUCUUACUGACUUCACAUCAUGGUGGCAGUGUUAGGCAUUUUAGAUAAAUUGAGAAAUUAUUUUUAAAACUGACAGUAGCAACUAAUUAAUUUGAUAUAGAAACGAUCUGCCUGUUUGGGAUAGGAAAGACAUAUUUUAAAUAACCUAGGAUGAUUUAUUUAUAAAUUACAUGUAUAAUUUUAUAAAUGCAUAUAGAAGUGUCAAAAUAAAAAUAAGAGUUUCUUGAUUUUAGAAGUGAAUCAAACACUAUGAAUCAUAGUUUCAGAUGUAAAUCAUAACUAUUUAUAAUAUGGAUAAAAGUGAAGUACAAAUAUAGAUACAAUCACAACAAUAUAAAAUACUGAAUUUGAAUGUUGUAGCUUGUGAGCUUUCUCAAACCUAACUUGUAUCUUUUUAAAAUUUGCUUAGAUGUUUUUUAAACAUCUCUUAACUUUCUUUCAUCUAGAUAAGAAAUUUUUCUUCUAAUACCAAGCAAGCAAAAAUACAUUAUAUAAACAUUUUGUUUUGAAAGGAACAUGCAUAUCAACUACAGAAUUUUGGAAAGCUUGUCCAUUAGUCAGGUACAAGUAAUAUAUCCUAUAGAAACUUGUAUUUGAGAGUGGGUGUUUUUAAUAGCCAUUUCAAAUUUGUUUUUCAACUUUAGGACCAUGAAAGAAUAAUCAUCCUUUUGUUUAAAAUAUGCAUAAAUGCAUUUCUUUGCUGUGGUUUGAAUUGUUCACUGCAGUGUCAAGCAGAUUCUGUCUUCUCACCACCUAAAUGAUUAGACAGUGUGCAUAUUUAUUCAGGUGCUUUCUCAUGCUUUUUCCCAGCUCCAGGAAAGUGUAAGGCACAGUCUGAAGGGAAAUAUGCUUUUUAUUUCUAGCUCCAAACUAGUUUUUAUAAACGUUAAAAAAGUUUUUGCCACAGAAGAAAAUAUUUAAUUUCCCCUCAUUCUUGUCCUCCUUUUGCUCCUUUUUAAAAUGUUAGGCUUUGGGAAGAAGAUAAUGAGCAUAAUUAAUUUGAUAUUGAAAAAGAAAGGGUAGCAAGUGGAUGAAGCAAUUACAGUAAGUCCUCAGCCCUUUUCUCAUGCCUCAAAGCCCAAGGAUUGCCUCUUCUUUUCCAUGUAAGUUCCCAUGGUAUUUUACACAUUGCUUGAUUAGAGCAUUUAUUUCACUGUGUCCUACAUAGCUCUUCUGACCCACCUCCCAUCCUCUCAGCCUAACUUUCUACUCCAGCAAUCAGUUGCAUAGUGAACUGACUCUCCAGUUGCCUCAGCUGCACUAUGUAUGUCUUGCUUCCUGCCCCUAGAGUUUCUCUGCCUUCUCUGCUGUGUGGAACACUAGCAGGAACCCAUUUAGCCAUUCUUACACAUGAACUACCCUGGAUAUGUGAAGGGACUAAAACACCCCAUGGGGCACCUCUUGACCAAGGAGGGUGAGAAUUGAUGGAGAAAUACUUCUCUGUUACAACCCUCAGUUUAACAGUUCUAUGGUACCUUCUACACAGCUCCAAAGAAGUUCUCUUAAAAGAAUCCCACCUGGUUAUCCACAACAGUGGCCAACUGGUAAUACCCUUUUGCCUGAUCUUUCCUUCAUUUCCAUCAUUUUCUGUUUUGCUCUUCCUAGUACCCCUCUCUUCCCUGGAAUUAUUUAACUACAGUCAAUGUCUGUGGAAGUGAUUGUCCCAUGUUUGCUUUAGGGGAACCCAGGCUAAGUCAGUGAUUACCUAAUGUAGCCCUAGAAAGCAUCUCAUCAGAACGGGAAUCUAGAAUUGUAUCAUAGGGCACUUGGUGACAAGGACCCCAUUGUUAGUGGUAAUGCCUCUGGUAUAAGUAACUUCACAGUUACUAAAACUUUUAUGGAAUGGUAGACUGGCUUGAGGUGCAGCUGAGGUACCUGAAGCUAUGAAAACCAUCUAGUCAUAAUGAUUCUUCAUGUCAACUGUUAAGCAGGCAAACAGAAGCAUGAUAUUGGAAGAGAUAUUGAUCCUGGCUACCAUGCAGAGCUAGAGUUAUAACUAUUAAUGGAGGCAGGAUAGAGUAUGUCCUUGCUAGGGGUUUCAUUGAGGCAUCCUUCGGUGUUUCAAUGUCAAGUGAUAACCUUAAAUGGGCAACUGAAGCAACCACAGCCUGACAAGGUAAAGCAGCUAAGGACUCUGAUCCUUUGAGAAUGAAGGUCUAGGUCACUCCACCACUCCAGCCACUUGAAUCUACUGAAGAGCUUGGCCAAAUGUGAGAGAAAUACAGAAUUUGUGGUGGAAGAGAGAGAUGAUAACUAUUAAUUAUAGACUUGAAAUCGAUCACAGCAGCCACCAAAACAUGUUCCACUAAAUCUUUUGCAUUUAGUAUUUGUGUAAUGGCUACCCACUCCCUUGAAGACUCUGUGACAGAUUGGACUCAACGUGGAAACUGAGUGGUUCUGAGUGCUGCAAGGAGUGGGCUGUAUUUAAUAUCUUUUGUGUCCCACCUCACAACCUCAUAGGCCAUUUUUCAAUUCACCCAUUUUACUCUUUGACAGCACUUUACUGCUGUUGUCCCAUGCAUCUCUAGAUUUCUGUAUUAGUGCUUUUCUGACACCUCAGUUAUGUGGAACACCUGUGGAAAUUUGCUGAUCUACUUUGACAUGUAUGUAAACCUGGAAGUUUGAGGGAAUUGACAAUAGGGACAAGAUUCAGUGAGUAAAUACUCCCCUCUUCUGUCCUUUGGGCAGACAAUUCUGAAGUGCAUUCCAUAUAAUUCCUUAGUGGUCUCCAGUAGGACUCCACUAGAGUCUUCAGUUACCUACAGUACUGACUGGCUUAAAAAUACAAUCUUAGAUUGCCUUACCUUAUUUAAUUUUUCCAAAGUUCCCAAUCCCAUUCAUUAGAAUCACAUUCCAAAAUGAAUGAACUGCACACAACCCUUUUUAAAGACCCUGUUUUUGUGAGGGGUAAGGGUAUCCAGCCUAAGGCACUUAAGUCCAAGAGGAAUACGUGCAUAACAAAUCUUCUAACUAAAUAGAUGUAUAGCAUAAAAUGUACUCUGUGUGUGUGUGUGUGUGUGUGUGCGUGUGUGUGUGUGUGUCUGUGUGUGUGUGUGUAGCAUAUUUUUUGUUAAAUCAGUAUUCCUGGCUCUACUCAUUUUCUGAUAAUUUCUUAUUUGAAUUCUGCUCUGAAAGAGCAAAAUUUAUAAAACUGACUAUUGUAAACAUUUAUUUAUUUAUUUAUUUUACCAACUAUCAUUUUUCAUGCAAGGAAUAGUAAAAAGAGUUACCCCUGAAGCUAAGAUGACAGAUGAGUAAUAUAGGAAGCCUCAUGAAUCUAUGAAAAGUGAGGGGUGUCUGCAUAUUUCAUUUUGUUAUUUCAUAAUAAAUAACUAGUCAUUAAAAUUUAUUUUCCAUAUAAUGGGAUCCAUUUUUGUCUGAUAUUUAUAAAUUGAAUAUGUAAUAUAAAGAAGAAAUAGAAUAUGUUGUCAAAUGA